AGGAUGCCUCAUUCUCCUCUGAUCUCCAUUCCUUGUGUGUGGUGUCACUCAGAAAAGAAGAAGAGAAUGCAUGAUGAACUUCUACAAGCAAUAUCGAAGGGGUCAGUGAUGUUCAGGGAUGUGUCCAUAGACUUCUCUCAGGAGGAAUGGGAAUGUCUGGACUCUGGUCAGAUGAAUUUAUACAAAGAAGUGAUGUUGGAGAAUUUCAGCAACCUGGUUUCAGUGGGACUUUCAAAUUCUAAGCCAGCUGUGAUCUCCUUAUUGGAACAAGGAAAAGAGCCAUGGAUGGUUGAGAGAGAGCUGACCAGAGGCCUCUGUUCAGAUCUGGAAUCAAUGUGUGGGACCAAGAUACUAUCCCUAAAGAAGAGACAUUUCAGACAAGUAAUACUUACCCAUGAAGACAUGCCCACUUUUAUUCAACCCACCUUUCUCACUCUACAUCAAAAAACUAAUAAUGAAGAGAAACCCUGUGAAUGUAAGAUGUGUGGAAAGACCUUUAAUCAGAACUCACAAUUUAUGCAGCAUCAGAGAAUUCAUUAUGGUGAAAAACCCUAUGAAUGUAAGGAAUGUGGAAAAUCCUUUAGUCGUGGCUCACUUGUUACUCGGCAUCAGAGGAUUCACACUGGUGAAAAACCCUAUGAAUGUAAGGAGUGCGGCAAGGCUUUUAGUUGUAGUUCAUAUUUUUCUCAACAUCAGAGGAUUCACACUGGUGAGAAACCCUAUGAAUGUAAAGAAUGUGGAAAAGCCUUUAAUUAUUGCUCAAACCUUAAUGAUCAUCAAAGAAUUCACACUGGUGAGAAACCCUAUGAAUGUAAAGUAUGUGGAAAAGCCUUUACUAAAAGUUCACAACUUUUUCCACAUCUGAGAAUUCACACAGGUGAGAAACCUUAUGAAUGUAAGGAAUGUAGGAAAGCCUUUACUCAACACUCAAGGCUUAUUCAGCAUCAGAGAAUGCAUACUGGUGAGAAACCUUACGAAUGUAAGGAAUGUGGAAAGGCCUUUAGUAGUGCCUCAACACUUACUAACCAUCACAGAAUUCAUGCUGGCAAGAAACUCUAUGAAUGUAAAGAAUGUGGAAAGGCCUUUAUUCAGAGCUCAGAACUUAUUCAACAUCAGAGAAUCCAUACAGAUGAAAAACCAUAUGAAUGUAAUGAAUGUGGGAAGGCCUUUAAUAAAGGCUCAAACCUUACUAGACAUCAGAGAAUUCACACUGGUGAGAAACCCUUUGACUGUAAGGAAUGUGGAAAGGCAUUUGGUAGUCGCUCAGACCUCAUUCGCCAUGAGGGAAUUCAUACUGGUUGA